CCCUGCCUUCCCCUGCCUGCCACUUCCCAGGCACUAUGAAAUCCAAGCGGCCUCACUGCCUGUCCCAGCCUCAGAUAUGCUUGGCCAGAUGUGAAAUCAGAACAGAUGUUCCCAGGUCCUGAUCCAGCAGGUAUUCCCUCAGUCCCUCCAACUUCAUGAGAAGUCCCUGUGCGUCUCCACAUCAUCACAGGCAGUGGUUGGUGAAGGGAUUGACAUCUGGCAAGAAGGAAUGAAUCCAUUGUGCCAGGCAGGGAGGGAGCCCUGCAUCACUGUGCCCCAUCAGUGGUGACAGCAUGGCCCCAGCACCACCACAUCAGCCCUUUGCAGGAGCUGGCCAAACCCCGAGUGCCUGGAUCAGGAUGGGGGAUUAGGGUGGGGUACAAGACAGUUCCCAGGGGCUGGUGAAGCCAUCAAGGACACCUGUAGUCUCCAGGGGCUGUGCUCCUGUAGUGUCCUUCCAGGUGGCCUGGUGCAAUCACGGGUGGAUGUCACCCAAUGCUGGUGACAUGGGGCUGUUCCCUGCCCACAGCAGGUACCCCACUGUGCAGGUGUGCUGGCAUGGGCUGCCCCAGGGCACCCAGCCUGUCAGGCACCAGCUGUCCCAGGAGCUGACAGGCAGCGUGUAACUCUGUCUGCUGGGACGGACCAGAGGACACUGACACCAAAGCCAAGAUGUCCACCCCCUACCCCUCAGCCCAGUGUCCCCUCCUCAGGUUUGUCUCAGGGGAAACCAGGCAAAUCCAGCCUGGCCCAGCUCAGCCUGUCUGCAAAAACAGCCCUUUGCCCUGUGCCCUCCCUCCCACUCCCUGGGGUCCUGCAGGAAACCGCCCCCAUGGGAGCUGGGGCCCAGAGGUGCCCUGGUCCUUAGGGACAGGCUGGAGGUCCUGCCUUGCUGGUGGGGGAAGGGAUGGCCCCGGGGGGAGGGGGCUGGGGGCAUUGGGAGGGCCCUUGGAGGGCUGGGAGAUAGUCUGUGGUGAAUGUUAUCAGCCCAUCGUCUCACGGGACAGGGAAGAGCCAUAAAGGGCUGUCCCCUCACCCUGGACGAAGGCAGCAUUCCAGGAGGGAGCCAGGGUGGGCAGCAUGGGGCAGCCGCUUUCCCCUGGAACCUGCCUUCUCCUCUGCUUCCUCACCCAGCUCUCCACUGCAGCCUCCAGUGACAGGGGACAUGUGGGACAGUGGGAUGCUGAGAAGACCCCGGGCUACUGGAAUAAAGAGGCCAGGAGGAGGCUGGAGUUGGCCCUGGCCUUGCAGCCAGCGGCACAGCGGGCCAAAAACAUCAUCCUCUUCAUGGGUGAUGGCAUGGGGCUGUCCACCAUGUCAGCGGCUCGGAUCUACAAGGGGCAGCUGUCCGGUGGCUUGGGCGAGGAGAAUGUCUUGGCCAUGGAGACCUUUCCCCACAUGGCCCUGGCCAAGACCUACACCAUCGACCGGCAGGUGCCUGACAGCGCUGGCACGGGCACCGCCUACCUCUGUGGGGUGAAGGCCAACGCCAAGACUCUGGGACUGAGUGGGGCGGCCGUCUAUGGAAAAUGCCGCACCACCUUUGGCAAUGAGGUGGACUCCAUCCUGCACCGGGCCAGGCUGGCAGGCAAGUCUGUGGGCAUCGUGACGACCACGCGGGUGCAGCACGCGUCCCCCGGGGCAGCCUAUGCGCACUCGGCCAGCCGGGGCUGGUAUGCUGAUGCCAACAUGCCCAGGGAGGCCCUGCGGGACGGCUGCAAGGACAUCGCCUACCAGCUGGUGCACAACACUGACAUCAACGUGAUCCUGGGCGGCGGGAGGAUGUACAUGACCCCUAAGCGGACUCCGGACCCCGAGUACCCGGAGGACCCGGAUCAAAAUGGCACCAGGAAGGACGGCCGGGACUUGAUUGCUGAGUGGCUGAGUGCCAAGCAGGGUGCCCGCUAUGUCUGGGACAAGAAGGGCCUGGAUGCGGUUGAAGAUGACUCUGUGAGCCACCUUAUGGGCCUCUUUGAGCCCAAGGACAUGAGGUACGAGCUGAACCGCAACACAUCCACGGACCCCUCCAUCGUGGAGAUGACAGAAAAGGCCGUCCGCAUCCUGCGCAGGAACCCCAAUGGCUUCUUCCUCUUUGUGGAAGGUGGCAGAAUCGACCAUGGCCACCACAGUGGCCGGGCCAAGCAGGCGCUGAUGGAGGCUGUAAUGCUGGACCGGGCGGUGGCACGGGCGGGCGAGCUCACCUCCCCCACUGACACUCUGACCGUGGUGACGGCCGAUCACUCCCAUGUCUUCACCUUUGGGGGCAGCACACCACGUGGCAACUCCAUCUUCGGGCUGGCCCCCAAGAAAGCCAAGGACAAGCGAGCUUACACCAGCAUCCUCUAUGGCAAUGGUCCUGGCUACAGCAUCCGUGACGGGGCCCGUCCAGCUGCCAGCCUCCCUGCUGCAGAGGACAAGGACUACAGGCAGCAGGCAGCUGUGCCCUUGGAGACAGAGACUCACAGUGGGGAGGACGUGGUGGUGCUGGCCCAGGGCCCCAUGGCCCACCUCUUCCACGGGGUGCAGGAGCAGCACUACAUCGCCCACGCCAUGGCCUACGCCGCCUGCCUUGAGCCCUAUGCCACAGAGCCCGGGUGCAGGGCAGCCCGCAGGGCCUCCCAGGGCACACAGUGCUCCCCACAGCCCCUGCUUGCCCUCCUGGCCCUCUGCAUAGCUGCCCUCAUAGUGGGAGGCUGA